AUGGCGAAGGAGACGGAUCACCGUAUCAUGUGGGUGCUGCUGUUCAUCAAUGGUACAAUAAGCGUCCUCUUCCUGCUUGUCGCGGCGUACGCGAAUCACGGCCGGCUCACGCGGAGUGAUAGACGUCGAGCGGCUGUAGUGGAGGAGGACCGCCUCAGCGCUGGCGAGCGAACAGAGACUCACAGGGGAUACGCAAACAUAGCGUCGUACUCAAACAACACUCCUACAAACGACCCCGACAACCCCGCUGCGUUGUUGUACACGAAGAGAGGCCACCUGACCGUGAGCAACUUGGCCAGGUCUUUGGAUAGCGAUGACCUCCCACUGCUGGAUUUCUCUCAAAAACAGAGGUCCGCCGUCUCUCAGUUGCGGGUCUCAAGUUUGCCUCUCUCGCCAGCGUCUCUGUCGGGCGCAGGGAGUCAUGCAUAG